CAUCAAUACACCCCAAAACACAAAAAGAGCAAAAUCUAGAAAGAUCGAAACAGAGGAAAAUCGGGAGCAAAUCGAACUCAAAUGGAGGUGCCAGGUUCAUCGAAGAAGAUGAUAGCAACACAAGCUGAAAUGGUUUCAAACAAAGUGCCAUUAGCAUAUCGAGAUCAGUGCGCACACCUUCUAAUCCCUUUGAACAAAUGUCGACAGUCGGAAUUUUACCUGCCGUGGAAGUGCGAGGACGAGCGCCAUUCAUAUGAAAAGUGUGAGUAUGAGCUUGUUAUGGAACGGAUGCUCCAGAUGCAGAAGAUCCGUGAAGAGGAAGCCCGAUCGAAGCAAAAAAGCCCGGUCCAAGCCCAACAGCCCAUUCCCCUCAUUCCUAAGACUGCCAAUGCCUAGUUUUUCGGUCUUCUAAUUGGGAGCUGAAAAUUGCCAAGGUCCCCGAAACCUAGAGCAUUGUCAGUAGAGUUGGAUUUUUAUUUGAACUUGAUUCUGUUGAGUGAUAAAGAUGGUGGACUCUUUGUACCUCUACGUGAUUGCAAAUAAUGUUUUGUCAUCAGCAGAUUUUAUGCUAUUCAAGACCAGUUUGCCGUUGUGCUAAAUAUUUUGUUUUGUUUCCUCAUAAUACAUGUAAGAUAUAAGUUAGGAUUUAGAUGCAACUGGGAAGGAAGAAUUGGGUACUGAAUCUUAUCUGAAUGAAGAGUUUCAGUUUAUAAGUGUUCUUUGUUUCU